UUUCAUUCCAUUUUAUUCCGUGCAAAAUUAUUUACAAUUGCUGUCCAAUCGGAAAUUACAAUUGCAACGACAGCCGGAAUUUUUUUACAACGAUACUAUUCUGCAUUCCAAACAAAUAGUUUGUACAAAAAGAACCUUGUUUACAACAGCAGCCACCUUUUUUCUCAAUGACCUCCAUGAAAGACGAAUAAGAACAAAAAACAUUAUCAAACACACUUCUAACACUAAAACAAAAGAAAAUAAACAAGAGAUAAGCUCAUAAGAAGCGCUACUUUAUUUACAAUCAGUUUGCUUUACUCAAAUAGCAUUAUCACGUGGCUACGAGACGGGAAAAAUGGUUCUUAAAUUUGCAGCAAAUCUAAACUUCCUUUUCACAGAGGCUCGCACAAUAUCCGAAAGAAUUUGUUUGGCCCAUAAAGCUGGCUUUCGGGCAGUGGAAAUACCCUAUCCCAGAUCAGAAGAAACUGCAGUGGUAAAGGCAAAGCAGGAAACUGGCAUACAAGUAUCGCUGUUAAACAUUGCUUUGGGCAGCAAUGAAUUGCAGUUGGGUGCAACAAGUAUUCCCGGAGCUGAGCAGCAAUUUCAAGAGCAUUUAAACGAAACCAUACAACUGGCCAAGCAAUUGCAGUGUAAUAAGAUACAUUUAAUGUCUGGCCUGGUGGGAAAGCAUUCACGUGAAGAGCAUUUAAAAACCUACAUCGAAAAUUUAAAAUAUGCAGCCAACCUGUUGGCUCAAGAGAACAUGGUGGGUGUAAUCGAACCAAUUAAUAAAUAUUCCGUACAUUCAUAUUUUAUGAAUUGUUACGACUUGGCUGUCAGCGUUCUGGAUGAAGUCAAAAGCGAUAAUUUGAAAAUGCUAAUGGAUGUCUUCCAUAGACAAUUGAUUAGGGGUGAUUUGGCAAAUGGAUUCACAGAGUUAUCGAAAUAUAUUGGACACAUACAAAUUGCACAAGUACCACAUCGUCAUGAGCCCGAUCAAGAAGGUGAAUUGGAUUAUCGUUAUGUUUUCAAAUUGAUCGAAAGGCUGGGAUAUGCUGAUUACAUUGGAUGUGAAUAUAAACCCAAAACAAAUACCACGGAUGGGCUGAAAUGGUUAACCAAAUAUAGUUUGCAUUUGUAGGCCUGAUGGCGUGGAAUUUUUGGAAUUAUAAAGUAUAAAUUUGUUGUUAAAUAAAUAAAAGUUAAAUAUUGUUUGGUAGAUAUA